ACAGUUUAUUUAUUCUCUGACCUCAGAUCAUCGAGCAGCAGGAUGGAGGAAACAUCUCUACUGAGGCUGAUCUCUCUGAUCUCUCUGCUGAACCGCUCAACAAACCAAGUUCAUCUGACUGUGAGUCCCAGCAGAUCUCAGUUCUUUAGAGGAGAAUCAGUGACUCUGAUCUGUGAGGAUGAAAACAGAUCUGAUGGAUGGACUGUGAGGAGAAACACAACCAGAGGAACCAGGAACCGAUGUGGAGAUGGAUGGGGGAAAUUAAAUGGUUCUACCUGUAACAUGAACUACAUGCACCCAUCAGACACUGGUCUGUACUGGUGUGAGUCCAUGUCUGGAUCCUCCAGCAGCAGCAGCAGCAUCCAGCUCUCUGUCUCUGGUGGAUCAGUGAUCCUGCAGAGUCCUGUCCUCCCUGUGAUGGAGGGAGAUGACGUCACUCUGAGCUGCAGAGCAAAGAAUCCAACCCACAACCUCCCAGCUGCUUUCUAUAAAGAUGGCUCCUUCAUUGGUGAUGGACCAUCAGGUCACAUGACCCUCCUCCAUGUUUCCAGCUCUGAUGAAGGCCUCUAUAAAUGUAACAUCAGCCGUCAUGGAGAGUCUCCAUCCAGCAGGAUCUCUGUCAAAGGUCGGAUUUUCUCUGGAGAAAAACCAACAACCACAGCCCCUCCUGAAGCUCCGCCCACUUGCUCACCUUCCCCUCUCCUCAUCAUCACUCUGCUCUGCCACCUGGUGGUGAUGUUCCUGUUCUUCAUCUGCUCUUUCCUCUUGGGGUUUUCAUUUGGACUCAGAACCAAAGGAAGUGACCCGUUACCAUGUGUGAAGAUGACUCCGCCCCCCCAGGCUGAGCUGGUACCAGAUGAUGAUGAUGAUGAUGAU